AUGUCCAAGUUUAUUUCAAAAUUCCGUCAGCUACAGGCGCGCACUUUGAGCCGCGAGUGUUGCCAUGAGAAUUUGCGCGUCACAAAAUUCGGCUGGGACGCGACCAUCUGCGCGGUGAAUCCUAAAUUUGUGGAGUCGGUGGGCGGUGGCUCGUUUGUGGUCAUACCCUGCGCCCGUGUGGGUCCCCUGCCCAUGGACUAUCCGACAGUGAGCGGACAUGGCGGCUGGGUGCUGGACAUUGCCUGGAGUCCGCACAACGAUAACAUUAUUGCCACGGGCUCCACCGAUGGUGUGGCACGUGUCUGGGCCAUACCCGAUGCCGGACUGUCUGAGCCACUCGAGCGGGCUGUCGUUGAUUUGAAAUUUCACAAAGGACGCUGCUGCCUCGUGCUGUGGCAUCCGUCGGCCGUCAAUGUGCUGGUCACCGGCGGCUCGGACAAUCAGCUGGCCAUCUGGAAUGUGGGCACGGGACAGCUGCUCAAGCUGCUGGACACGCACCCGGCCCUGCCACGCACGGGCCAGCUGCUCGGCUCGGCGGUGUGCCACGAGGGCGCGCGUCCGACACGCGUAAUUGUGCUGCGCCAGGGAUUGAUCUUCACCACCGGGUACAGUCGCAGCAUGCAGCGCCAGUACUCGCUGCGUUCGCUGCAGCAGCUGGAGCCACCCCUGGCCCUGGUCGAUGUGGACUCGCAGAUUGGAUUGCUCUUUCCCAUCUAUGAUGCGGACACAAGUCUGCUGUUUCUGUGCGGACGCGGGGAUAACAUUUUGCGUUACUAUGAGGUAACGGACAAGCCGCCGUUUCUGCACUACAUCAACACAAUCGCCUCGAAGGAGUCGCAGCGUGGCGUCUGCCUGAUGCCCAAACGUGGCUGCAACUUGCCGAACGGAGAGCUGGGAAAGAUCUUUCGCCUGAAUAGCAAAGGUGUCUGCGAGAUUAUGUCGUUGACGAUGCCGAAGGAGCUGCCCGAGCAGCUGUUUGCGGCCACCCCAGCCAUUACAGCCGUCGAGUGGGACGCGCGCCCUCGUGGCACACCGCCGAGCCGAGCAGCUCGGUCUGCUGUUUCUGUGCGGACGCGGGGAUAA